AUGGAUACUAACAACCCAGAAUCGGGAAUGAACCCAGGUGCUCUUAGUGCUGAAUCUGCAGCAAACCCAGGCACUUUUAGUGCCGAAUCUGUAGCUGCUCUUCUCAACCAACUCUCUGCUCAACUUGGACGCAACAAUGGAACCUCAAACCCAAGCAUUGAUCAGACCAGUCCUAUUCAUCUGUCUGAAAACCCUGGUUGGAUUAACUUGUCUUUGAGUCCAGAUAUUUCACGAAGUGUAAUGUGGAAUAAUCUAGCUUAUGAGAUCUGGAGUGAAUUGCGAAAAAGAUACUAUCAUGGUGAUAGGUUCAAAAUAGCUGAAUUGAAGGAAGAAUUGUAUGCUGCCAAGCAAGGAGAAUUUUCUAUUACCGCUUAUUUCACGAAAUUAAGAUCAUUAUGGGAGGAAUUAGAGAGUUUUCAGCCAAUACCUGCUUAUGAAUGCACUCCAAAAUGCUCCUGUGGUCUUGGAGUUAUUCGAGCAUAUAGAUCUGAGGGAUGUCUAGUGAAAUUUCUACGGGGGUUAAAUGAUCAAUUCUCAACUAUACGUUCACAGGUUAUGAUGAUGGAGCCACUACCCAAUCUUGAUUCUACUUUUGCCUUGCUCACACAGCAAGAAAGGCAACUUGGAUUUCAUGGAGAAGAAUCUCAAAUACUUCUCAAUAUUGCACAACCCAAAUCUCCACAAGGAACCAACUCCAACAAAGGAUCAGAUUCUACUAAGAGUGAUAUUGUUGCUGCUAAUCGACAAGGCAGAGGAAAGAGCAGAACAUAUGGAGGCAAAGGAUCGGGUAGAGGAAAAAUUAUUUGCACAUAUUGUGGAAAGCUUGGACACACAAUAGAUGUUUGUUAUAGGAAACAUGGUCUGCCACCACAUCUGAAGGAGAGAUAUAAUAGUGGUGGUGCUGCAACAUUCAAUUAUGCAACCACUGAUGAACAUGCUGAUGAAGACAGUGCAGAUCAGAAGCAGCGAAGAAGUGACGAGCAAUGCUUGGAAUUCACUCAAGAUUAG